UACACGGAGCGCUGACGGUGUGACACAAGAUGCGGAAGUUGCUGAGUGAUGCUUUGAAAUCGUAAGUUUUUAUUUUUGGAAUUAUCACAGCGCUCUCUGUUUGCUACAAUAUCUACAGGAAUAUUAGCCUUGAUACGGUUGUAAAGCUGGUUAUGCCGGAGAAGAGGUGGGAACUAAUCACUACACAGCAUUGCCACCGCUGAUGGUGUGGGCGGAGCUGACAUGUUGAUGGACAUCCCCCGGCACGCCCUGCUGCGGCCUCUGAGCCGUAACGAGGUGGUGGGCAUGUUGGUGAGACUCACCAUCUUCGGAGCAGCUACGUACUACAGCAUCAGAUGGGUGGUGGAGGCUCUGGACCCGACGCAGAGACAGAAAUCAAACGCUAAGAAGAGGGCAGAGCAGAUGAUGAGGAGGAUCGGGGUGGAGGGAGUGAGUCUGAAUGAGUAUGAGAUGAGCAUCGCUGCUCACCUGGUCGAUCCUCACAGUAUGAAGGUGACGUGGGGAGACGUUGCAGGUCUUGAUGACAUCAUCAGUGAGCUGCAAGACUCCGUCAUCCUGCCUUUUCAGAAACGACAUCUGUUCCGUGGAUCUAAACUUUUCCAGCCACCCAGAGGUGUGUUGUUAUACGGCCCACCUGGCUGUGGGAAAACUUUAAUCGCCAAGGCAACAGCCAAAGCCUCAGGCUGUCAGUUCAUCAACCUCCAGGCCUCCACCUUGACCGAUAAGUGGUACGGCGAAUCAGAGAAGCUCACCGCUGCUGUCUUCUCAUUGGCUGUUAAACUGCAGCCCUGCAUCAUCUUCAUCGAUGAAAUCGAUGCGUUUUUAAGGAGUCGCUCCAGUUUGGAUCACGAGGCCACGGCGAUAAUGAAAGCCCAGUUUAUGAGCCUGUGGGACGGACUGGAGACCAGCUCUGACACUCAGGUGAUGGUGAUGGGAGCCACUAACAGGCCGCAGGACGUGGACGCAGCAAUCCGGCGCAGAAUGCCAGCAACCUUCCACGUGGGACUUCCUAAUGCGGCUCAGAGGAAGGAGAUCCUUCACCUCAUCCUGUCCGGAGAAAACCUGAGUAAAGCGGUGAAUCUGAUGGAGAUAGCCGAGCAGACGGAGGGAUUUUCGGGCAGUGAUCUGAGGGAGGUGUGUCGCGACGCUGCUCUGUACCGAGUCAGAGAUUUCAUGCGCAAACAGCAGAUGAAACAAAUCACACAGCAGCUACGACUCGAACGCGAUGAAGAUGAAGAUGAAGAUGAGACAGCGGACAGUGUGUGUCUGAGGCCGAUCACUCAGCUCGACCUGCUGUUCGGACUGGAUAAGAUGAACGAGUCGAAACAGGCCACAGCUCCGGCUCACAUCAGUGACGUGUUUGUGGACUAAAACAUCAGGACAGUUCUUAACAGGUGUAAGCUGAGUGCAGGUGAGCAGAAGGUUGUGAGUUCACAUGCCAGCACUGACGGAGAGCCACUUAUUUUUGUUGCUAUUAUUAAAAUGUCUGCCAAAAGAAUACAUGUAAAUAAUAUUCAUUAAACAGAAUAACUUGUAUGUUUGUAUGACAUUAUUCUCACAACCCAGGCCAUUUUAUACAAUAUCUGUUUGGCUGAAAUAAUCUAUAGAACAAGAAUGAAUCGAUGUAUAUUAGUAUGUAUAAAUGUGUAUAUGAUUUGUUGCUGUAGAAGUUAAAAUUCUGUAAGAAAAGGUUUGUUGUUUUAUCAGAAAUGUUAAAUUCAGUGCUGUGAAAAUGUCUGUUUUAAAUGUUUGGAUGUUCAUUCAAAAAUAGUGAUUAAUAAACUGAUAUAAUAAACAACACAAUUCAUUCAU